UGUUCUGUGGAAAGCUCAGCAGCACGCCCUAUAUAUUGCAAGAGAUGAGAGGGACCAGCUUCUUUUUCCAUUGCAAAAAUGCGCUCCAGCGUCUUCCCGCUCUGCCUAGCGCUUCUAUCAUGUUAUGCUCAUGGUAGUCCAGUCUCUGUUGGGCACCUCUCCAGUGAAGCUGCAGCAGAUGCUGAAGCUGGUGAGAUAAUCAAAGACAUUCCAGACAUAAACUUAGCUGCUGGACUCGACCUCUUUCAGGGUGAUAUCUUGCUCCCUCAAAAUCAGCGAAAUGCCCUAAGAAAUGAGACCUACAGAUGGAAGUUCCCCAUUCCCUAUAUUCUGGGUGAUGACCUAGAUCUGAAUGCCAAAGGAGUAAUUCUCCAGGCAUUUGAAAUGUUCCGUCUUAAGUCUUGCAUUGAUUUCAAGCCAUAUGAAGGAGAGAGAACCUACAUAUUCUUUAGAAAAGAAAGCGGGUGUUGGUCCAUGGUGGGGGACCUGCAGACUGGGCAGAACCUCUCCAUUGGGGCAGGGUGUGACUACAGAGCAAUCGUGGAACAUGAGAUCCUGCACGCGUUAGGAUUUUACCAUGAGCAGUCGAGGAUGGACCGGGAUGACUACGUGACAAUCUGGUGGGAUGAAAUUAUUACAGACAAAGAGCACAAUUUUCUGAAGUAUGAUGACAGCUUCAUCACUGAUCUGAAUACCCCCUAUGACUAUGAAUCACUGAUGCACUAUGAACCAUUCUCAUUUAACAAAAAUGAAAGUAUCCCCACAAUCACAACGAAGAUACCAGCAUUUAAUAACAUAAUUGGCCAACGUCUAGACUUCAGCGCCAUUGACCUGGAAAGACUGAAUCGCAUGUACAACUGCACUUCAACUCACACUUUUUUGGACCAGUGUUCUUUUGAGUUUGAAAAUAUCUGCGGCAUGAUUCAGGGUACCAGAGAUGAUCUAGACUGGGUCCAUCAACUGAGCAGCGCUACAGGGCAGGAAGACCACACACUUUCUGGGCGCUGUAGAGGUGCUGGCUAUGUCAUGUACUUCAGCACCAGCUCCGGCAAGGCAGACGAGGUGGCAAUCCUAGAGUCUCGAAUCCUUUAUCCAAAGAGAACUCAGCAGUGCCUCCAGUUCUUCUAUAAGAUCACAGGAAGCCUUUCUGACAAGCUGAUCAUCUGGCUUAAAGAGGAUGAUGGCACUGGAAAUGUUCGCAAGAUGAGGAAAAUUCAAACCUUCCAAGCGGAUAAUGACUAUAACUGGAAAAUUGCCCACGUAACCCUCAACGCUCAGAAGAAGUUCCGUUACAUCUUCCAAGGACUAAAGGGCAACCCCAGCUCUUCGUCUGGUGGGAUUGUGAUCGAUGACAUCACACUGACCGAGACCCCCUGUCCCACAGGCGUGUGGGUCAUUCGGAAUUUCAGCCAAAUCCUCGAAAAUAAGUCAAACGAUGUUAUUCAAAGCCCCCGGUUUUAUAGCCCUGAGGGUUAUGGUUUCGGCGUAAGUUUGUAUCCCAACUCCAGAAUCAGUGGCUACACUCGCAUUAGCUUUCACUUGUGCAGUGGAGAGAACGAUGGUGUUCUGGAGUGGCCAGCUCUGAACCGCCAAGCUAUACUCACGGUGCUGGACCAGGACCCUGACAUCUUGAAAAGGAUGUCCGCAAGCAGAAGCUUCACCACAAGCAAAGACCACAUUAGCUCAGGUGCUAAUGGAACCUUAAUAUGGGAGAAACCAUCAGUUGCUGGGAAAUUUGAUGCUUCAUGCAAUUGCUAUAGAACUGUAGACUGGGGGUGGACUAACUUUAUAUCCCACAGCCAGUUGAGACGGAGAAGCUUCCUGAAAAAUGAUGACCUGAUUAUUUUUGCAGAAUUUCAUGAUAUAAGUUACCUCAAUAAAACUGAAGUCCCUGUUGAACCUGAACCAUUGGCCUUCAUGGAAGGCCUCAUUCUUGAAAGGCAGAAGAGGGCAGCCCAGGAUAGGGAGCCCGUGCAAGACCGGAUGCCUUAUCUGCAAGACCCGUGUGACCCAAACCCUUGCCAGAAUGAUGGAGUCUGUGUGAAUGUGAAAGGGAGAGCAAGCUGCAGGUGCCCAUCAGGACGUGCCUUCUUCUUUACGGGUGAGAGAUGUCAGUCAAGGCAGGUCCAUGGGAACAUCCUGGGAAUGGCAGUUGGUGUAAUUGCUGGAACCAUGGUCUUAACCAUCGUCCUCAUUUCCAUGAUGUCUAGAAGAUAAAGAGCUGCAGGGGAAUAAAUCUCAGCCUUGUAUUUUUCCAUAGUUCAUAAGAUAUCAGUUUUCAGUGAAAAAUGAUAAAUACAACUUGUAGAAGACCAGUCAGCAUAUGGAUGAAAUGCUUUAUCAACAUCUUGGCGGCAAUCUGGUUACUCUGUAGGACUUGGCAAUUAAAGAACAUCACGUAGAACUGCUGUCUAAUGUAAGUUCAUAUCCUGCCUCUCUUGUGUAUUCUUUGAAUGUAAUUUCUUCAUCCAAUAGCAAGUGCUGGUGCUGGAAGUCUGUGCAUUUAAUCUUAACAAUAGAACA